AUGUCGGUGCGAUCCCUGCUACUACCGUUAAUCCCUCUACUAACUCUCAUUUUCUUAAACUGGUUAAUUAUUAGAUUGGGGGAGCUGGGAGCUGCCUUUUUAAGCAAUACCUCCAAGUGUUAUAAGCAAGAUCAAACAAAAAUAAUUUUUAUUUAUUUUAAAAUACAAAUUUUUUUAAAGGUCGACCAAGAUGAUGUCCAACAAUCAUUUUUCUUGGCUGAAACACUCAAAUAUUUAUUUUUAACAUUUAGCGAUUCAAAUAAAAUAUCGUUAGAUAAAUGGGUCUUUAAUACUGAAGCACAUCCUUUCCCUAUUGAAAUUUAGCAAUUUUAUCAACUUUAAGAAAACGAGCAUUACUCAACUCUGAGAGGGUAGCUAGCAGGGAUGGGACUAGUUAGAGCUGUCCGAGAUCCAAGACCAAGACUUAAGACCCAAAACCAAGACCGAAAAGAACCCAAGAAAAGUUGUGAGUCAAGACUCAAGACCAAGAGUCUCGGACAGCUCUAGGACGGGUUAUUGGAAACCCGAUACCCAAAAUCUUGUGUUUUCUUUCGACCCGAAACACGACCCGACUUAUUUCUCAACCCGUCCCAUCCCUGGUAAGGUAGAGAGGUAACUUUAUUUUGUUUAAAAAAUUUUUUUUCGAGCUGUAUAUAUUUUUCCCUGAGUGUUUUUUAAGAUUCUAUCUAAAUUUACUCAAUUUUUUGAGUUUUGUAAUUUUUCUUUCAAUUUUUUUCCUUUUCCCAUUACUGUACACACUCGAUAUAACGAUACCCCCCCCCCCCAACAUUGUUUUCUUAUGUUACCCAAAUUAUGUUCCGAUGGGCACAGAAUGAGCCAAAUUCUAUCCCGAUAAGUUUUUAACCCUAUUUGAUUUUACUCACACCCACUUUUCUUGUAAGCAAAAGGUGGAACGAGGUGUCGUAAUAGAGAGAUUCCACUGCAAACCGCAAAUAUCCUUCCAGCCGCUCCGAUUGGGAUAUUUACGGUAUUUGUUUUUAUUUUUCAAAUCCUUUUUUUCUUCUUUUUUAUGCUCUCAUCAU